CGCGUCGGUUGCAAUCGCACCACCUUCUGUAGUGCACUCGAGCACUCACCAUCCCUCUCUCUCUCUCUCUCUCUCUCUCUCUCUCUCUCUCUCUCUCUCUCUCUCUCUCUCUCUCUCUCUUCUCACACUCUCUCUCUCACACUCACACACACACAAAGCAGUGGGUGUAGUGCUGACCGAGAAGCCCAGUCGUCAUCCGCCUCACCAUCCCAAAUUUCUGCUUCUCCCCCAGUGCCAAGUUCCGCACAGGUUUUUCUUUACAUUUUUACUUUUUUUUUUGUAAAUCCCAACAUGAUAAGGGACACUGGAAUAUUCUUCCACGCUUCGCACUAAAAAGUUCUGUCAGAAAACGUAUCAAACCAGAGCAUUGUAAACUAGUUUGAAAACAAAUUGGACGUUUUGGAAGUUCUGCAUCUUCAAGAUGGCACUGAACAUGGACACCAACGCACCAACUACUGAAAUAAGUGUAGGGCAGGAAGAAGAGCAGCAACAACCUGAACAACUGCCCAAUCAACCACCUGAUGACAGGGCUGACCAGACCCCCAUAUCCACUCAGCCAGUGAAGACUGAGCAUCAGGAUCCACCCACUGACUCAGAGUACACUCUUGCUCCAGAAAACUCAGUACAGAUGAAUGGCCUGGCCACAGAACACCUGACCACCAUCGAUGAAAAGUUGGAAACAAGUAAUGGGGUCUGCCCUAAUGCUGUAGGUGCCUCUCCUCCUACAUCUUCCCGAUCUUCUCCCCCUCGUAAUUAUCAAGCUAAGUCUGGCCAUGCUCAUGCUAAUGGCCAUGCCCGUCUCGGCAGCCGCUCAGGUUCGAUUAGCCAUGCUGGGUCGCCUCGGCCCUCUCUCAGCCGCCAGCCCAGUGUUCUUACUGAGAGUGGAGGAGAUGGCACCAAACCCAAUGAUUAUCUUAUCCUGGCCAUACUUGCCUGCUUCUGCCCUCUGUGGCCCAUCAACAUUGUCGGCUUGACCUUCUCUGUUAUGUCUCGGUAUAGUCUGCAACAAGGGAACGUUGAUGGAGCACGGCGUCUCGGCCGCAAUGCAAAGAUCCUCUCAAUCGUUUCUCUUGUGGGUGGAGUUCUCAUCAUUACUGCCACCAUUGUCAUCAAUUGGGGAUUGAUAUUAAAGUCUUGAGGGUUGCAAUCAGACCAAGAAGGAAGUUCAGACCAACUAACUGAUCAAUGAUGACCAUUGUCCUCCUCUCAUCCUGCAUUUCUACAUAUUACUGAAGCACCUCGAGAUUUAUUUUUCAAUUAUUUUCUACUCUAUAUAAAGCUCCUGUGACCAAACAUCCCCUUUUCAUCAGUAAGCAAAUUCAGGAGUGAAGAUUCCGCAGCAUUUUGAAAGGAGGUAUAAAUGACUAAAGCCAGCUGAAUUGUAACAUGCAUGUUGUAUGGUGGGUAUUUUCUUUUUCCAGCAAAAAGGACUAAUUGAUUUUUAAAUGAUGUCAGCAAAGAUGAAUUCAGAAUGAUCUCAUUUCCUGUCGAAAAGUCCUUUCUGUGUGUGUGUGUGUGUGUGUGUGUGUGUGUGUGUGUGUGUGUGUGUGUUAGAGAGAGGAAGAAAUAGAGGACAGAAUAAAACAAAAUGUUUGAUAAAGGCACUGAAGAGAAUACACAAAAGAUGAACUGUUCCUCUGCUACCAAGGCUAAUAUUAAACCGAAUGUAGAUUGAUGGCAGGAAAGGCAAUUACUGAAUUGUGCAUGAUGAAGUACAAACAGCAACAAAAACAGGAACGGGAAACAGGAAAGUAUCUGAUGAAACCAGCAAGCCGAAUCUCCAUCCAGCAUUCUCCACUUAGACACGAUCGAAAUCCCAAAGGUACAAGAUGAUAAAAAAAAAAACCUAGCAUGCGCACUCCCACAGUGUGUCUCCUGCUCUGGUUUCUUCUUAUGUAUUUCUGUCCACAAACGAAUGCUUGGCACAUUAUCAGAGGUGGAUUUGUGAAAGAAACAAAUGCAGGUGAACACGCACACAAACAGCACAGACUUCACCUUUCUGGAUGGCAGUAACUAAAGCGCAUUGAUGGUGGGGGGGUGGUUGUGUGGGGGGGUAGCAAGGCUGAACUGGGCUGCAGUCCUUUGUUUCACACAGACGGAGAGAUGAAAGAGGGAGGGAGGGAGGAUGAGAGGGAGGUGGCAAACUGCUGAUGAAAAGAUACUCUAGAGAUGGAGAGAUGCAAGGAAUUGCUGUAGAGAAGGAUGCAAACACGCCUUCUGAUUGGUUGUGUUUUGUGAGCAUGUAUGUGUGUGUGUGUGUGUGUGUGUGUGUGUGUGUGUGUGUGUGUGUGUGUGUGUGUGUGUUUUACAAGGGAGGGGGUUAUGCGGUAUUCCCCCUGCACCCUUUUCCCCCUUUUCUUUCCAUUUCCUAGACUUACUAGACUACCAGUGCAACCAUGUGAAGAGAAAUUAGUGCGAAGUUAGCCAUCUUGCCUUUUUUUAGUUUGUGUAUCUUAAUGUUUACAAGACCAGUAUCAGCCUGCACAAUGCCAUCCCAUUAAUGCAAAAUCAACAAAGCUGGAUCUAUUCCCUUGAUUGUCUCGCUUUCUGUCACUUACCAGUGUGACACUUCUGUUUUGGGUUGCUUUGCCAAAACAGAAUCUGUGCCAAGUCUCUGAAAGCUAGCUUUUUAUCUAUUUAAAUCAGAAGAUAUUUGUGAAGAUUGUGUGUGUGUGUGUGUGUGUGUGUGUGUGUGUGUGUGUGUGUGUGUGUGUGUGUGUGUGUAAUGAAAAGAGAGAAAGAGAGAGAGAGAGAGAGAGAGAGAGAGAGAGAGAGAGAGAGCACAGGAAGAGAUAAUGGUAAUCUGAGGUAAUCAUAAUAUCCCAGUCCCAUUUAACCAUUUGUGGCAUUUAACCAUAGCUUCUCAUUUUAUAUACAUUGUAUUAUGUAUGUCUCAUGGGUGAGUCUAAGUAUAUUUCCUAAAUGAACUCACACAACUGUUGAAAAGAAAUAUUUAAAGACCCCGUUUUACAUGAUUGAUGUUUACAGCGUAAUGUUUUUUUUGUUUUUUUUGACAAAAAAGCCAAAAGGAAGUGAUGGGAGGUUUUUUUUUUAAGAUCUUUUGUGAAGGUUUUCCGAAGGCAAGGCCUUCAGUUUUGUAGCACUUUGUAUAUAUGUGAUACGAGAUACAAAAAAAAAAAAGGUUUACAGCAUUGUUAAGCACCAUGACCACAUGCUGGGUGCAGGAAAGCAGAGAUAGCCUUGGUUUGAAAGCUGCACAAAUGAGGUGUUGUCCACUAGAGGGCGAGGUGGCACUAGAGAGAGCACCUGACAGUGUGUAAACGCAAAAAAUCUGGACUUUUGUCUUUCAGAACCAAUGAACUAGAUCUAAGACUAGGCUUGAGUGCAGCUUGAAGGUCAUUUGAGAGCUAAGUACUUUCAACAUUAGCACACAGUGUUCAGGGACCCCACUUUUUUGUUCCAUCUUAUUGGUGGACAAAAUCUAUAAAGUGCAUGUACAAAAUAUGGUGUUACUGGUAAUGAAUUGAACUGACAGAAACUGUGUAGGACUAAAACUUUUGCUGCAUUUGACAUAACAAUUGCAACCUCUAAUAUGAUUUCAAUUGUACAUCAAAUGUGUCCACAUCUUUUGCUUUCCUAAAAUAUCGAUAACCUGUAGCAUGCCUCGCAUUUUUAUUUUUUAGCAUUAUUACGAAACAUACUGCACAGCAAUGUAAGAACCUUGGCUUUGUUUCUGUUUCUCUUGAAAUGCUUUAACUGGCUGAAGAUAUUUACUCUGCCUGCACUGCUAGCUUUCCUACUGUAUAUAUACACGAUUGUACAUAUUUCUAUGUAUAUAUUUGUACUGCUACCUUCUGCCUAUGCGUUACACUUCAGCAAAUAUUAGAUUAUUAGUAAUGCAAUUUCUUGACUGUUAUCACUACAGUGAUUUCAUGCAUUUUAUUGUUAUACUAUAUUUAUCGUUAAAACAUUUUUAUGGUUAUGUACUUCAGAAUCAUUGCCUCUAAAUGGACUAUAUAUAAAUGUACUAUAUACUGUAUAUGCA